GACAAGGCAAAGCGAGACAAGGACACACAGCAAAGCAAAGCAAAGCAAACCGAAGCCGGUUUCAUACCCCCGCUCUUCCUCCUCCGCUUCCCUUCCUUGGCAGACCCCAGUCCAAAUAAAAGUCCCGUCUUCCUCCUCCGCGCUUCAAUCUCCCCGGCGCACGACCUCGCGCGGUUCUUGCAGAGCAGUACAGAGGCGCAGAGUGCUGGCGGAUUCGGUUGGAUUCCGCCGGUUCGGUUUCUUGGGGGUUCUUCUUGGUUUGCCCGGGCGAUUUGGCGCGCCGCGAAUUGUUGUGGGGGUGGCUGGAGUGAUAGAGGGGGAGAAGGGACGCGUGGAGAGGCAAGGACGGGGACGGGGCCAUGGGCGGGCAGUGGGUGGAGGAGGGGAUGCCGCCGUCCAACCUGCAGUGCUUCUUGGACUGCACCACCCCAACCGUGGAGACGCACAUUCUCCCCAAGAUGAAUGGACGAUUGUCGACCGAUGCUUGGCACCAUGCUGAGAUGGACAGCAUGGAGUACUUCAAUCUUGCAGACCUCUGGGAGCAAUACUAUGAGUGGAGCGCAUACGGCGCUGGAGCUGCGGUGCAGCUCCCAGGAGGGGAGAAAGUAGUUCAGUACUAUGUUCCCUACCUAUCAGGGAUACAGCUAUACACCAACAAGGUCCUGACUGCAUCUAGGAGUUUUGGUGAAGAUAAUGGCAUGGAUUUGUGGAGCGAUGAUGAGGACAAUGAGAAGAUGUCGAGAUCCUGGAGUUCGACUUCUGAUGAAUCAUUGUUCAACUGCGAUUUAUUAGGGGCCAAUAGGAAGCGUCCAGGGCACUUGUACUUUGAGUUCUUUGAAGUAGGUUCACCUUAUGGAAGGGCCCCGCUCAUUGACAAGGUUUAUGAACUAUCCCAGGGCUUUCCUGGGUUGACAUCUCUGAAGAGUUCUGACCUUUCGCCUGUUAGCUGGAUGUCAGUUGCCUGGUAUCCUAUCUACCACAUUCCUUACCAGCGCAAUGUGAAGGACCUAUCUGCUUGCUUCUUAACUUACCAUACCAUUUCCUCCUCGUUUCAAGAUCACGCGCUUGAGACCAUGACCAACAGUGGUUGCCAUCCAAUCGCCAAUGGGAAACAAAAUGGCCAUAUGGAUAAAAAGAGCAACACAGUAUCACUCCCUCCAUUUGGCCUUGCAGCACACAAGAUACAGGGUUCUCUCUGGACCAACCCCAUGGCUGGAGAUUACAGAAAGUUGGACUUCCUCUUUAGUGCGGCAGACUCCUGGCUGAAGCAGCUUGGAGUCCAGCACCAUGACUUCAACUUCUUCAUCACUCACCCCAUGUGAAGCGCUGAUCUGGAGUAGCUUGCAAAGAACCACAUGGGUGCAGACUUGAAAAUACUAAAAUUACUUACACCACCAACAACGGUAGCAAAACGUUUACAGUACAGUGCGCUUGUAAAAGCCAGUCUAACAAUCGCAGGAUAGGGUUCAUACUGCUUGAGUUUAUUGCAGUGAAUACCGAACAUGUCAGGACCCAAAUGGUUUUCUGUCUCUUGUUCUUCGGCAGAAGAUGUAACUGAUCUGUACAGAAGUUUUGCAACUAAUCUGGUAUCCAAUGUUGUGGUUGGAUCCAUAUUAUAGCUGUUGCCUUGUGAAGUUUAGUGCCCUAGAGAAUGUCAGACCAAGAUGAAACUGCUUGCGCAGACUCCAGUUGGACCUGAAUCUGUUGAUGACAAAUUCAUUCUCUUCUACAGUAA